AUGUCUAAGCUAUGGAGCAUUUCCGGUUUAAUGAGCUUCUUACGAUUCAGUGGCACCGAGGAGGAUGAUCGAACUGAGGAUCUGGUUCAGGAACAGGAGGGGCCCUCUCAUAUUCCGGCUCGUCAAGUUCAACUUGAUCGGAACUCUGCGCCUGAAUUUGUGCUCCCUCUUCCUCCUGGUGAUGUACCGCCAGGGCACGAGGAACUAGUUUACCCGCCUGCUUGGGAUGCCCAACAACCAGGACCUUCCAAUGGGACAUCCCAACCCGUCACUCCCGCACGACAGCCUUUCUACAGUUUAAAUACACCACCUCACCAAACCAAUGUCCCCCCCUACUUGCAGCAAAGUCCGUCACUUGCUAAGAACCUUGAGCCUGUCACUCGAUUCCUUGUCGAAAAAGCAGGACGGCCUCUUAACGAAUUCGAGGCAGCUGGAAUAGUGGACUACAUUCAAAAGAACGUACAAGCAGACAAGCCGGAACCCUUCCGAUUCUCGACAUCUCCGUCGCGUGGAUCCUCUCCUAACCUUGGGCUCGGGACAUCAAAUGGUGUAUCAAGUGACACACACGCUCCGAAGAAGACCCUUUCACGCAAUCCCAAUGGCGUAUUACGCUGGCAGGGUGCGGGUAGCGCACGCCCACGAAACCGUUAUCGAUCGCCUGGGUUUGGAUCUCGGCCUCAAGGCCCUCGUAUCGAGCUAUCUCCCAUACGGACACCUUGUGCAACUGAUGGAAAACGUCGCCGUGUGGGCAAUGAAGCCGAGUCUUCGACUGCACAGAAGUCUGCGCCCCCAUCGUCGAUGUCUAGCAUCGGUUUUCCGACCUCAAAUUCUACUUCUCUCACCCGUUCUACACCUGCAAUCAAUGAGAAGACUAUAGUUCCACCAGUGUCUGCACCGACAUUGGCUCCAGCGGCUGUUGUUACACCAAAGGUGAAUGGAGCAACUACGCCUCGUUUACGCACUGCGGGUCUUUCUGUAAAGCCCACGACCCCCGCUGUACCCUCGCCUUUACGACAAACGUGGAAGCAGAACGAUUCACCGCCACAACCUCCAGCACGACCCACGCGUGCUGCAAACUAUAUGACGGGGCUCAUUAAGGAAGUCACCCCCCUCAAGAGACCUGACGUGGCGAACCCGUACCAGACUGCGAAUCCUGUAAAGAUGCCCACUAGGAAGCCUCCCACGAGACGCUUGCGCCCGCCAGCAGAGAAAAAAGAGAAACAGCAGAAGGAGCCAGAAGUCACCGCGCAGGCGAUUAUUGAAGCUACAGUGCCGAAGGGAAGUAAGCGCGCAAGGCCUCCGCCAGAUAUGGAGAGGCUAGAGAAACCGACCCGCGAAGCUCAGGACACAUAUGUCCCGAAGACCAAUGGUCAUAGCGCAAAGUCAAUGGUUACUGCCGGGGAAGUCUCAGACCAGGACGAAAGCCCUACAAAGAAGCAAAAGACCUCGAAACCUACUUCCGUCGUGCUUUCCGUGGAAGAGGUGGAGGAUGUUGAGAUGGUUCAGGACAAAUCUUCGGUCUUUACGCGGCCUGCCGAGAUUGUCGAGCCAGUCGAAGAUACCUCUUCGUCAUUCACUACGCCGAGCCCUACACCGUUCUCGCAUACUCCAUCUCUGGCCUUGCCGAUGAAGACUGCAUUUGGAGCCAAGACGUCGGCUCCUAGGGAACCAUCUAAGUUGCGGUACAGUUACUACGCAGACAAGGAGACUGCGUCAGCUGAGGACAAACCAAUGUCUGAGGCGCCGCCAGCACCGUUGAUGGCAUCCCGUAACCUUCCCAAGGAGACGCAGACUAGGUCCUUCAAGGCGAAACUACCCCCCAAAGAAGCUGUGGCAGCCAUGGAGGUCGAUGAAUUGCCGAAGUAUAGCUUCAAGCUUGCUGAGGCUGCCUAUCCCGCUGGGCCCAGCCACGUCAAAGCUCGCAUCGCAGCUGCAAGCAUGUCUCGGCUCUCCCUCCCUACCUUCGAGUUCAAAUCAGUACCACCAUCCACAAACGGGUUCAACUGGACUGCAGCGGGCAUGAAGGCACCUGCCGCUGCUACCUCUGGUACUUGGUCAUGCGGCACAUGCAUGCUAGAGAACCCUGACAGUGCCAAGGAUAAGUGCACAAUCUGCGAUGCGCCGAGGUCAGGUAGCACCGCACAGCCUGCAGCUGUACCUCAGAAGACAUUUGACUGGUCAAAAACUGCUGUCAAAACGCAACACUUUGAGAUUUGGCAGUGCGAUACUUGCAUGCUGUCUAAUCCAGACAGUGCGAAGCUUAAAUGCACUGUCUGUGAUGCGGCCCGUCCUGGCGCUACUUUGGCCCCAGCUUUUGACUGGUCUGCUGCAGGGAUGAAGGCCCCAGGCUCAUCGUUGGAUACGUGGACUUGUUCCCUCUGCAUGCUGAAGGUCCCUACCAGCGCAACUAAGUGUACAGUUUGUGACACUGCGCGGGACACGAUGGACUGA